UCUAACAUCCGAGGAGUAAGUAAUUAAUUAUAAUUAAUUUAAUUUAAGCGGCAAUUUCAGGCAGACUCAGUUCGAUUACAUGUCUCUAAUUUGUGACCAUAAUUCGAAAUUAAAUUAUUCGGAAAAUAACACAUUUUCAGACGACUUUUUUACAGUCAUUGAUAAAAUUAAACCAAAAUUUCAAAUUCAGGACUGUGUUUACAUGAAAUUUGAUACAGAAUGUAACGAAUCUUUUGUUCCAAUUGUGACGGAAGACGGUAUAUGUUACACUUUUAAUAUGCUUCACAGAGACAUCAUUUUUCGUGAUAACGUCCAAUUUUUUGAUAAUUAUCACGUACCUCCAUUUAACACAACAGACUGGCAUUUAGAAAAUGGCUAUAUACCAAACGCUGGACUCUCCCCAUACCCCCUUCGGGCCUAUUUAUCUGGGGUUUUGUGGGGCCUAAGUUUCAAAAUUGUCACCCCUAAACAAGACCUCGACUACGCCUGUAAAAAUUCCCUCCAAGGCUACAAAGUCCUUCUCCACACCCCCAUGACCAUCCCUCGUCCCAACCAAAAAUAUUUCAGGAUUCCCCUUGACCAAAGUGUCGUAGGGGCUGUGCAACCCGUCAUGAUUACAACCUCUGAAACCAUCAAAGCCUACAACCCCCAAAGACGCAAGUGCUAUUUCGCUGCUGAAAGAAAACUGCAAUUUUUUCAGGACUAUUCAGCGUCCAAUUGCAAACUCGAGUGUUUGGCGAAUUGGACGUCUGACCUUUGCGAUUGCGUUAAUUUUUUCAUGCCGAGGGAUAAUGAAACUGAAAUUUGUGGUAUCGGCAGUUUGGAGUGUAUGUCAAUGGCGGAAUCACUUAUGCAUAUGGUAGAUUUGUCGAUAAAAAUUGAAAAACCGAGUGAUAAGGGUGUGAAAAAUUUUGAUUGUGAUUGUUUGCCAAUUUGUUCGGAUUUGACUUAUGAAGUUGAAACGUCUCAAACGAAUUGGGAGUGGGAUAAAUGGUUGAAAGCUCAUAGAAAUUUGCCUCGGAUUAACAAUUCACAUUUUUCGGCUCUAACUUUGUUUUUCAAGUCCGAUAAUUUUAUUACAUCGGAAAGAAACGAAUUGUAUGGACCGACAGAUUUUUUGGCCAAUUUCGGAGGACUUUUGGGGCUGUUUACAGGAUUUUCCGUUUUGUCUUUAAUGGAAAUCUUGUACUUUUUGUCGGUUAGGAUUUUUUGUAACAUUAGGUUGCAUGGACAAUGGUUUGGUUCAGGAAGUGAUUAAAAAUAGUUUUAUUAUUUCUGUAACUUUUGCUUGUUAAGCAGU